AUGGCAGCUGCAGAAGCCGCAUCGUAUCUCGUUAGUCUCACCCUCUCCCCCGAUCAAGCCAACCAUUGCCUAGCCCGUUGCCCGCGCCUCGCGGAGCCGAGUUCCCUCCCCAACCAGCGAAAAGUCGUCGCAUUUCUCUUAGACGAGCUACAUUUCUCCACCAAGGCCCUUACGCCGCUCAUCCGCCGCUGCCCGCAGCUCCUCGCGUACAGCGUCCCCGAGAAGCUCCGCCCAGCCGCGGAGUGCCUCCGCGGAGUGGGGUUCUCCGCGCGGGACCUCCGCCGCGCAAUCGCGCAUUUCCCCGGGAUCCUCGCGCGCAGCAUCGAGGAGAAGCUCUGCCCGCUGCUCGCGCUCCUGCAGCACCUCGAUAUUGCCGAGGAGAAAUGCCAACGCGUGAUUCUCGCCUGCCCGCGACUCGUCAGCUACAGUAUCGACCUCAAAAUGCGCCCGCUCGUUCUCUUAUUCCAAACCAACCUGCCCUUUUCGCCGUCGCAAGUCGGGCGAAUGGUUACCCGAUGCCCUCAAAUCCUGGGAUGCAAUCUCGACAAGCAAGUCAUUCCCGCGAUUCGGCAUUUGAGUGGUAUAGGUCUCGUAGAAGAUAAGCUUUUAAAUCUCCUACUACACCACCCGUACAUCCUUUGCCGAAGCGUCGGGAAAACCCUCGAGCCGCGGACCGAGUUCCUCCUGUCCCUAGGAUUUGCACGAGCUGAGGUGGCAAGGAUGGUCGCGGAGUUUCCUCCAAUCCUGACGAAACACGUGGACAACGAUCUGCGCCCAAAAGUGGCGUACCUGGAAGGGCCUAUGGGGAGAAGCGUGAGAGAGGUUCUGGGGUUUCCGCGGUUUUUCUCGUACAGCUUGGUGCGGAGAAUUAUCCCCAACCACAGGAAACUGCAGAGCAGAGGGCGUGAGGAUUGGACACUCGGAGGGUUGUGCAAGAAGAACGUGGUGUGA